GGGCCUCCCAUUGGUUGUGAACCGACACCAUGCACAAUGUGAUAGCACUGUGGAAUCCAGGCAGAUUUACGUAGAGACGUCCUGGUUGUCUUCUCAGUUUCACUUAAGGAACUGAGUCUGUAGUUUUUCUUUAAAAGGGAUGUAAAUUGACAAAGUGCCUAAAAGGUUAAUAGAAGGCUGUGACUUUUCUGUUACUGUUUAGGUACAGCACCGCCAUGACCAGUUAACUUUGAUUCUCAUGUGUUAAAUUGGCACGUCAUCAACGUAUUGGAGCAAAGAUCAGUUUGUUAUCUAGAACCUGCCACCACCAGAGCUGGAAAAUUAAAAGCAGGAAGAUGAAAGCGAUGACCCCAACAUCAAUACAGUCAAUGUUCCUUCUAAGUUUUGUAAUUGUUACAGGAUCUCAUCAUCUGACAUUGUUCCAUAAUUUUAACUCAUUUAAUUGUAAAGUUUUAAGCCUGUGGGGCAUAAUGGAGAUUGAAGAUAUUGAAACGCACGCGCUCUACAAUGAUACUCGCCAUAUUGUGUUCAAACAAAGUUGGUCAAAGGGAAACCUGACUGAGACGGACUGUAUGUUCUACGAUAUGUUUCUGAUCAGUUACUUCUAUUACUUUCAGAUACAUGUUAAUAAGAUCUGUACAGAAAUUGGCACUGGCAAAAUUCUUACAACAAUUCAAUGUCUAUUCAGAUGUGAAGCAUACAAUGAGGAUCCGGAAAGUUACUUUUACAAGGUGGCCGGCAAUGGAAAAGACCUGGCUUACUUAAACUUCACAGAAGGUGUGUGGGUUGCCGGGCACAAUAGAUAUUCCAAGGCUGUGACCGCAAUCCUGCAGAAAGACAAGACCACCAUUAGGUCCAUAAAUAAUAUUUUGAGAAAUCAUUGCCAAAGACUGUCCCGAAUACUUUCAGAGGCAGGGAAGGAAGCGUUCUCCAAGAAAAGUAAACCGGACGUAUACUUCUUCGUGAGGUUAUUGAAAUCAGAGGCUGAGCUUAGCUGCACAGCAACUGGUUUCUAUCCAAGGUCGAUCAAUAUAACUUUAUGGAACGACAAGGAGAACAUUAUGGACAAUGUGAUGUUCACUGAGAUUCUCCCUAAUGGUGAUGGAACCUACCAGAGAACAGCAAUAGUGACGAAAGGUCGGGGACAACAAAUGACUGUCUACUGCCGGGUUGAACAUUCCAGUCUUGAAGAACCACUGGUGAAAAAAUUAAAUAUGAAAACCAAUGGGUUAACUUGGCUUGUUAUAGGCAUCUUACUGGGAUCUGUUAUCUGUGUGGCCAUACUGAUCUACCUUGUGAAGAUUAGGAAGCAGAGGACGUAUGCAUCAAUAGCGGGGAGGACCGUGGACAGAAUCCUAUGGAGAACUACAGAUGGGAACGUGUCCAUUCACAAGUGAAACCUGGACUUUACUGACCAACAAUAACCUUUAACCUCUGAAAAGCAACUUUCUAAAAUACUGCAUUUUCAAAUAAUGUAAUCGUAUAGUGGUCAAAUGGAUAUUUUAAGUGAUAUUUUGCUUGUCUUUUUUUUAAACAUUAUUUAAAAAAAAAAAAAAAGAAAUAUAAAGCAUUACGAAAUACACUCACAGGACAGUAUAGAAAAAAGCAUGGGUAUCCGAAUAAUAUAAAAAUAUGUCUAUAUAUAAAUAAAAACAUUUAAAGGCCGUAUUUUGCCCACAGCAACCAAUCACAGCUCAGCUUUCAUUUUACCAGAGCUUAAAGGGGUACUCUGGCACUAAGACAUCUUAUCCCCUAUUCAAAGUAUAGGGGAUAAGAUGUCUGACCGCGGUGGACUGGUGGACUGACUCCGGGGGCUGAUGGUAACGGGGUGCUGUGUGAAAGAUCACGGGGGUCCCCAGAGGCGGGACCCCUGUGAUCAGGCAUCUUAUCCCCUAUCCUUUGGAUAGGGGAUAAGAUGUCUUAGGGCCAGAGUACCCCUUUAAAGAUUUAAAAGCUGAGCUGUGAUUGGUUCAUUACAUAUUGUGACAUCAUUACCUUAAAGGGUUACUGACAAAGAACAUGUAGCACCAGUCACUGAUCUGCUUGAGUCUAGAGUCCCCCGUUCUCCAUCACUAACAUGUCCUCUCUGAGUAGAAGCAUUUGGGAAAUGGUGGAUGAGAAUGUCUUCUGCUGUUUAAUACAACUGUGGUGUCCCGGCACCGUAUUUCAUACUGUGCCUUAGUUAUUAGUCCCCAAAGUCAGAGUCCUUAGGACUAUCGGGGUUCGCUUCCCAAAUUAACCCCUAGUCACCCCUUAGUAACUUGACAUUUAUAAAUAUUAUCUAUGUAGAUAUGUAUAUGGUGUUACUCACUUGUUUCAGCGUCGCAGGACCUGCGGGUCAUGUGACAUGGUUCAGAACUCUAUGGUAUGUUGAAGGACCUUAGGUGGUUCUUGAGUCACGUGUUUUCCAUAAUGCCAUGUAACGGUGAGUGACAGUUGUUUCGGACCAAUCCAAAACGGCCUGCCCCUGCCCAUAUAAGGGAGCUGCGGCCAUUGAUCGCUCUCUUGGGUUGUUGUCACUGAAUGAGGUAGGACCUCCGCAACUUACAAGUACGUUUACUAGGCCAAAGCCUUGCGGCCUCGGCCUACACCACAGCGGUUAUAGAUAUCUAAGUCCCAGCUACUCUCCGCAAGAUCACUGGACCUAAUUAACCCCUAAAUCCAGCGGAUCUAUGCAACGGAAUCCUCCUAAAGCUACAUUGAGCUUAUCUGAUCUCAACUAACUCUCAAUCGCUGCUCAACUACAAAUAGACUUUGUUCAUGGACUGUUAUUGCUAUUGUCUGCUUCAGAAAAUCUUCAGUAAAAGUUCCUGCAAGUUUCAGUUGACAGUGGUUGUGGACAAUCCGUUUAUUACACAUUCACCUAUCGUUCUUGGGAAGGGUGGCUAUAGGCCCAGCACCAUUACAGUAUUUAACCCUCACCCUGGCAUCACGAGUGACAAGGGUAAACAGCGCCCUUUAUAAUUCAAGAAAGCAACACCCCAACUACCCUAUACCCCCACCAAGGUACCACACAACUCUACGUGAGUAAGGCUGAGUUCACACUACGCAAUCUCCGACCGGAAGUAUUUCAGGCGGAGAUUCUGUCUGCUGUGGACA